AUGGUCCAAAUCAGUGAAGUCAAGGGCAACUCGCGCGAGAACAGGACCGCCACGCACACGCACAUCAAGGGUCUAGGCUUGCGCUCCGAUGGCACCUCAGAAACAUCCGGUGAUGGAUUUGUGGGACAGGCUGCUGCCCGAGAGGCUUGCGGCGUGAUCGUCGACCUCAUUAAGGCCAAGAAGAUGGCUGGCCGAGCUGUGUUGCUCGCCGGUGGCCCCGGUACCGGAAAAACAGCGCUCGCUCUUGCUGUAUCCCAGGAGCUGGGAACCAAGGUUCCAUUUUGUCCUAUCGUUGGCAGCGAAAUCUACUCUGCAGAGGUCAAGAAGACAGAAGCUUUGAUGGAAAACUUCCGACGAGCAAUUGGUCUGCGAGUCCGGGAAACUAAGGAGGUGUACGAGGGUGAAGUGACCGAACUGACUCCGGAGGAGACUGAGAACCCGCUGGGUGGCUAUGGACGAACUAUCAGCCAUUUGAUCAUCGGACUUAAGUCUGCUAAGGGCAGCAAGAAGCUCCGUCUGGAUCCUAGCAUCUACGAAGCUAUCCAAAAGGAGCGCGUCACUGUUGGAGAUGUCAUCUACAUCGAGGCCAACACUGGAGCGUGCAAGCGUGUUGGACGGUCCGAUGCCUACGCAACUGAGUUCGAUCUCGAGGCGGAGGAGUACGUGCCCGUCCCCAAGGGUGAGGUUCACAAGAAGAAGGAGAUUGUGCAGGACGUUACUUUGCAUGAUUUGGAUAUGGCCAACGCCCGGCCACAAGGUGGACAGGAUGUGAUGAGCAUGAUGGGGCAGUUGAUGAAGCCCAAGAAAACCGAGAUUACCGAUAAGUUGCGCCAGGAGAUCAACAAGGUUGUGAACCGGUAUAUCGACCAGGGAGUGGCUGAGCUUGUUCCUGGUGUUCUCUUCAUUGACGAGGUUCACAUGCUUGACAUUGAGUGCUUCACAUACCUGAACCGUGCUCUCGAGUCCUCCAUCUCUCCCAUUGUCAUCCUUGCCUCCAAUCGCGGCCACACCGUCAUCCGGGGCACUGACGACAUCAGCGCCGCCCACGGCAUCCCACCAGACCUGCUGGCCCGUCUCCUUAUCAUCCCCACUACCCCUUACAACCCUGACGAGAUCAAGACCAUUAUCCGACUCCGCGCCAAGACCGAGGGCCUUAGUAUCACCGAACCCGCCUUGGACAAGGUCGCUGAGCACGGCAGCAAGGUCAGCUUGCGGUACGCCUUGCAGCUGCUGACUCCAGCAAGCAUUCUGGCCCGAGUCAACGGACACCCUAGUGGCAUCGAGGUGGCGGACGUUGUCGAGUGCGAAGACCUUUUCUUGGACGCGAAGCGCAGUGCACAGAUUGUUGCCCAGGACAGCAGCAUGUUCUUGCAAUAG